AUUUCAUGCGUUCAAGGAAGAACAGGACGGACGAACGCCUACUGCAGCCUAGUUCGUGUGGGACGUUAACCUAAACCGUGUCUCGCACACAUUUGAGGAGUAACACUUUUAUACAGCUUUGAGACCAGGUGACAUGGGAGAUCCCGCCAUGCAUAGGGACUGUCCUCUGGACUGCAAGGUCUACGUGGGGAAUCUGGGGAACAAUGGAAACAAGACCGAGCUGGAGAGGUCGUUUGGAUACUACGGUCCCCUGCGCAGCGUGUGGGUGGCCAGAAACCCCCCGGGGUUCGCCUUUGUGGAGUUUGAGGAUCCCAGAGACGCCACAGACGCAGUGAGAGAACUGGAUGGAAGGACACUUUGUGGUUGCCGUGUGCGGGUCGAGAUGUCAAACGGAGAGAAACGCUCACGCAGCCGCGGGCCACCACCCUCCUGGAGCCGCCGUCCAAGGGAUGACUACCGCCGUCGCAGCCCGCCAACCAGGCGCAGAUCCCCUCGUAGGAGGAGCUUUAGCCGCAGUCAUAGCAGAUCGCUAUCCAGAGACAGGAGGAGGGAUCGAUCUCUGUCCAGGGACCGGAACCACAAACCCUCUCGCUCCUUCUCCAGGUCACGAAGUCGUUCUAGGUCUAACGAGAGAAAGUGAGCAGGAAGAGAAGUCCUCUAAAUGCAAAAUGUUAAAGGAAUGGUCGUCCCUUUAUCGGAUUCAUGUUUUUGGACUAUGGGAGUUUCCUGGUUUUUUUUUUUUUUUUUCCUUUUAGUACCUACCUUUUAGUGCUGUCGUUGAGUUCAUCCCAUGAAAUGCAAAGAAUUCAAUUCCUAGAUUUUUAAUAUACGAGUCAUUUUGUGAAGAUAAGGUGCUAGACUGCUCUAAAUCUUGUUUUCCCAGCAACAUUCCAUUCCCUUUUGCAUCACCAAUGAAACGUUCUCCCUCCCAGAGCAGGCCCAGCCUGCAGUAUGGAAAAAGAGGCAUAAACAUCCCAGGCUGUGAGAUGCAGGCGGUGCGAGAAUGUGUUACAUGCUUGGAAAGCAGGUGCAGGGAGUUUUGGGAAUGGUGAUUGUAACUCUGAGCUCGUCAGGCAAACCUUGUUGUGUAAUGAAGAAGUCUACUUUAUCAUCAAUC